CCUUUCCUUUGAGACUUCAGACACGCUCAUUUGGUUGCAUAACAGGCGGAUUUGAACGAGACGCCUGCAAAGGAAAGCUGCGCUAACAAAUAGGAAGAGAAAAACAUCAUUUUGACAGUUUUGAACACUGACGUCUUCAUUUAAAAGGGAUCAUUGCAUGUUGAGCGACAGCAUGGUUAAGCGUGUGGCUGUGAUUGGAGCAGGCAGCUCUGGUCUGGCUGCCAUCAAAUGCUGCCUGGAUGAAGGACUGGAGCCGGUGUGUUUUGAAAGCAGUGAUGAUAUUGGAGGACUUUGGAGGUUUAAGGAAAAGCCAGAAGCAGAUCGUUGCAGCAUUUAUCGCUCUCUCACAGUGAACACCUCUAAAGAGAUGAUGUGUUAUAGCGAUUUCCCUGUGCCAGAUCACUUCCCAAACUUCAUGCACAACUCUUUGAUCGUGCAAUACUACAAGCUCUACGCUGAGCACUUCAACCUUUUCAAACACAUCCACUUUCAGACCACAGUUCGCAGUGUGAGGCAAAGGCCUGAUUUCUCCAUCUCUGGUCAGUGGGAGGUUGUGACCGCAGACAGAGACGGACAAGUGGAGACACAUGUGUUUGAUGGUGUGCUGGUGUGUGCAGGACACUACACGCAACCCAUUAAACCCCUCUCAGAGUUUCCAGGUAUUGAUACAUUCCCAGGAACAGUAAUUCACAGUUGGGAAUAUAAGAAGCCUGAUCAUUACAUUGGGAAGAAGGUUGUGGUCAUUGGGAUUGGAAAUUCUGGUGGAGACAUUGCUGUGGAGCUCAGCAGAAUAUGUGAAAAGACAUUCCUGAGUACCCGAAAAGGGUCAUGGGUCAUAGGUCGCAUGGUCGAUAAAGGGCUUCCUCUAGACAUGAUGAACGUUAGACGAGUUCAAGACCUGACAUACUGCCUUAUACCUCGAGCGCUAGUCAACUGGAUUGGGGAGAGAAGCCUCAAUCAGAGACAUGACCACAAGCUGUAUGGAUUACAACCUAAGCAUAGGAUCCUUGACCAUCGUCCUGUUAUCAACGAUGACCUCCCCGGUCGCAUUCUGGUAGGAGAACUGGUGUUGAAACCAAACGUGCAGAAGUUUCAAGGCUCAACAGUGGUCUUUGAUGAUGGAUCUAUUGAAGAGAAGAUUGAUGCAGUGAUUUUAUGCACAGGAUAUGAUUACAAAUUCCCCUUCCUCCCUGAUUCCGUAAACUCUAGUGCUGAUGGAGAUUUGAAACUCUACAGAAGAAUCUUUCCUCCUUCUCUAGAGCGUCCAACACUGGCCAUCAUAGGCCUGUUGCAGACCAGAGGUCCGAUCAUGCCAACUGCAGAACUGCAGGCACGCUGGGCCACCAGGGUGAUCACAGGACUAAACCACCUUCCACCAGCUGAGAAAAUGUCUAAAAUAAUUGAAAAAGACAUAAAACCAUAUUUGAAGAGUCACCCCUGUCCCAAGCUGGCUGCCCUUCAAGUGGACUACAUCCCUUACCUGGACUCAAUAGCCAAGGAAGUGGGUGCUUGUCCCAGCAUUGCUUGGUUGCUCAUGACAGAUCCUGCUUUGGGUUUGAGGGUUUUCUUUGGGCCUUGCACCCCCUAUCAGUUUCGGCUAAGCGGACCAGGACAUUGGAAAGGAGCCCGACAAGCUAUUCUCACCCAAUGGGAGCGUGUGGCCAAACCUAUGAAAACACGACCCAUUCCUGAACCUUCAUCCUUCAGUUUGUUGUUUUGGCUGGGGUUGUCAGGAGGGGGUGCUGUGAUUUUGGCCAUUAUAGCACUGCAAAGGAAAAUCCCAUUGUUUAUGGGGAUCAGUUAAAUUCUAAUGAAUCAAUCAACUUUAUUUAUAUAGCACCUUACUACAACCAAAGGGCUGCCCAAAGUGCUUUAUAUCUAAAGCACUGUAGAGAAUUAAGAACAUAAUCAAAAAC